AUGCAGGUGAAGUACUUCGCAUCGUUCGUCCUUGCCGGCCUGGCCUCGGCCCAGUCGCUGCAAGAGAUUAUUUCGCAAAACAGUAACCUCACAACCUUAGCAGGCCUGCUGAACCAGACAGGCCUGCUCGCCGAGCUGGGUAACGCAUCCAACAUCACCGUCCUUGCCCCCAGCAACGAUGCCUUCUCGGUCUUCCUGAACGAGUCGGCCACAAUGGCACAGAUGCAGUCGGACCCAGGCCUUGUCCAGGCGGUGUUGGAAUACCACGUCCUAGCCGGCACCAUCCGCUCCACCGACAUCACCACCACUCCAGCUUUUGCCAAGACCAUGUUGACGCACAUGACUUACACCAAUGUGACCGGUGGACAGGUUGUCAAAGCGCAGGCCGUUGAUAGCAAUGUCGUCUUCACCAGCGGGCUCCUGAUGCGCAGCAAUGUCACGCAGGCAGAUAUCGGUUUUGAUGGUGGCGUGGUCCACAUCAUUGAUUCCGUCCUCACGGUCCCCCAGAACGACAGCGCCACAGCUGUUGCUGCUAACCUCACUGCGCUCGCCGGGGCUCUGACGCAGGCCGGCUUGGUCGCGACCGUUGACGCAGCUAUGGACGUGACCAUCUUUGCUCCAUCUAAUGCCGGCUUUGCUGCCAUCUCCAACCUCGUCGGAUCGCUGUCCAUGGAACAACUCACACAGAUAUUGACAUACCAUGUCGUGUCGGGCACUGUGGGCUACAGCACAACACUGAUGAACGGUAUGACCAUCCCAACGCUCGACGGAAACGCCACGGUAACAAUCACGGUCGACAACGGCACAAUCUUUGUCAAUUCGGCCAAAGUUGUUACCGCCGACGUGCUUCUGAACAAUGGAGUCGCCCACGUAAUCGACAAGUAA